GAUUGGCAAGUCAAGGGACGCGUCCCCUCCCCGGCUCCUUUCUGCUCUCGUGUCUGGUCGGAACUUGGCCUGUUGCAGGACUUCAAGAUGCCUAGCAAAUUGCCCCCAGACCUUCCAAAGUGGGAACAGGCUGCAAGAAUCAUUCAGAGGGCCUGGAAAAGUUUCCUUAAUGUUGCAGUGUUCCAGCACUUUAAAAGCCUGAUUGACUUGAGACAACAGGGGGAGCCGCGUCAGAUAGUGAAGUAUAUUAAUCCCAAAGAGGCGGAGCUCCUAGAUGCUGCGGCUGGCAUUCAAGUCCGAUUCAGGCUGGGUGGGGUUAAAUUUCCACCAGAGAUAUACUAUAAAAUUUUUACUCACAGACAUGUUGAAGAUCUGUGUGCUAACAGCCCUAGAGAUUACACAAAGCUUCCAGCAAGAUACACAUCCCAUAACAAGAAUGAUCCGCCUCAGGUUGAGGACCACAGUGGCUGGUACCGCCGCAUAGAGAACAAUGGCUGGCGGCCUGUCUCCCAGAGAUUUUGGCUACCAUUUGAAAACGAAGUGUUGGAAAGCACAAAGGAAAGUGAAUUCCAUUUCUCUAAACUGAAGAGAAAGCAAGAUAUGGAAAAGAAAAGAAAAAUUAAAAAGAUAGAAUGGAUGCGGGAAAUGUACUACCUGGGAAGCCUGGAGGCCAAGACGACACAUCAUGAAACGCUAGGCCUAAUUCACAAAGCCACAAAAGGACUAAUUAAGAGUAUUGAAGAUGGCGGCGUGGAUUCUGUGAUGGAGUGGGAAGUAGACGAAGUGCUGAACUGGACGAACACACUCAACUUUGAUGAAUAUAUUGCUACCUGGAAAGAAACUGCUACAAGCAACUCUUCAGCUAAUUUAAAAGAUGUGAGGCUUGGACAAAUCCAGAAAACUCUGUAUAACUAUGCAGAUGGGUCAGAGGCACCAACAGAAGGACUAUAUGAGGAUAAUUACUAUGAAACUACUUACGUAAGGCCACAGUACACUAGCUUAACACCCAAUUCCAUGUUUGGAAUGAAACCAUAAAGGUCUUCCUGUUCUGA